UGUUUUUCUUCUCUGCUCAGAUUCAGAGAGCAAAGUGUGAGAGAAAGAAGAAAGACAAUGGCAAAGUCUCGAUCAAGGUCGCAAUUUUUCGUUCCAUUUCUUCUCUUGCUAUCCAUCAUCUUCAACCUCGCUCCUUCUCACGCACUCUACGGUGCGUCCUCACCUGUGGUUCAGCUCAAUCCGUCUAACUUCAAGUCCAAGGUUCUGAAUUCGAAAGGAGUCGUUCUUGUUGAAUUCUUUGCUCCAUGGUGUGGGCACUGUAAGGCUCUAACUCCUAUUUGGGAGAAGGCAGCUACUGUAUUAAAGGGUGUAGUUACUGUGGCAGCACUUGAUGCUGAUGCUCACCAGGCUUUGGCUCAGGAAUAUGGGAUUAGAGGAUUUCCAACUAUAAAGGUGUUUGCACCUGGAAAGCCCCCGGUUGAUUACCAAGGAGCCAGAGAUGUCAAACCAAUUGCAGAAUAUGCACUUCAACAGGUAAAGGCUCUUUUGAAGGAUCGAUUAAAUGGUAAAGCAACAGGGGGAUCAAAUGAAAAGACAGAAACCAGUGCUUCAGUAGAAUUAAACUCUAGAAACUUCGAUGAGUUGGUCCUCAAAAGCAAAGAACUUUGGGUUGUGGAAUUUUUUGCUCCUUGGUGUGGGCAUUGUAAAAAACUAGCUCCUGAGUGGAAGAAAGCUUCCAAUAAUUUGAAAGGGAAGGUUAAACUGGGUCACGUUGACUGUGAUGCUGACCAGUCUCUAAUGAGCAGGUUCGGCGUUAAAGGAUUCCCGACAAUCUUGGUAUUUGGUGCUGAUAAAGAUACUCCAAUUCCUUAUGAGGGUGCAAGGACUGCCUCAGCUAUUGAAUCGUUUGCAUUAGAGCAGCUGGAAACGAAUGUUGCUCCUCCAGAAGUGACAGAGCUGCAUGCUCCGGAAGUUUUGGAUGAGAAAUGUGGUUCUGCCGCAAUCUGUUUUGUCGCCUUCCUUCCUGACAUUUUGGAUUCAAAGGCCGAGGGUAGAAACAGAUAUAUUCAGCAGUUAUUAUCAGUUGCAGAGAAGUUUAAAAGGAGUCCUUACAGCUAUGUGUGGGUAGCAGCAGGUAAGCAGCCAGAUCUUGAGAAGAGUGUGGGUGUUGGCGGGUAUGGUUAUCCAGCUUUGGUGGCCCUUAACAUUAAGAAAGCUGUUUAUGCUCCUCUCAAGAGUGCUUUUGAACUUGACCAAAUUAUAGAAUUUGUGAAAGAAGCUGGACGUGGGGGAAAAGGUAAUUUGCCGCUAGGAGAUACUCCUGCCAUUGUAAAGACAGAACCAUGGGAUGGAAAAGAUGGAGAAGUAAUUGAGGAGGAUGAGUUUUCUCUUGACGAACUCAUGGGGGAAGAAGACACCUCAAGCAAGGAUGAACUAUGAAAAAAUCAAGAAGGAAAGUAUACGAAGUUAGAGUCCCAAUUUUAAGUUUAGGGGAUGAUAGUAUGUGCAAUAUAUUAUCAAAGGAAAAUGUGUUUCUAAUGGAGAUUUUGAUUGAAUUUUUCCAUGUUCUCCAACUUCCAAGGUCAAAGAAAGACCAGUCUAGUGAUGAGUGAUCUUUUGAGGAGCAUCAUAUUUGUCAUUCAGUGGUACUACCAUAUCUUAGAAAUAUGUUAGCAUGUUUGGGUAUUUUCUUUUCCCAAUCAAUGAACCAUUGAACAUUCCGUUAACAAGCACAUCAUUAACAGCUACGGAGCAUUGAUAUGUGUCUUUGUAAACUAAUGAGUUUUGAUUGGGUAAUAUGGUUGAGAUCUA